AUGGCUACACCUCAACAUGUCAAGAGUACACCACCAGCACUCGAUGAUAUUAGACGCAAAGACCGAAACCCCAAGAGGACCAACGACAGUCAGCAUAGUGGAGGAACAAGGAGCCGAGAGACGAUGAAGGUGUCAGCGGAGGAGGGCAAGAGAAUCAUUGAUGACGAAAGAUACCCCCAAAUUUUACGUAGCUUCCUUAACUCUUUUUUUCUGUGUGCAUAA